ACCCACGGACGCAGGAUCCCCGGCGCGCACAGCGGCCCCACGGCUCGGCUCGGAUCAGCCCGCCUCGGUCCGCGUCCACUCCGGUCCCGCUCGGACCUGACGAGCUUUUCCAUACGUGACAUAAAAGAACCGACCCAUAACUUUUGUCUUCUCUAAGUUCGGAGCGCGCAGCAGCCGCAGGGAGGAUAUUUAUGGAGGAGGAACCUCAGCAGCCUGCGGACUGAACUCUGACGGCCGACAUGAAAUCUGCAGAGGAGGAUGCGUACGGCUUCACGCCCAACGUCAGCCUGUCCCUCCCGCUGGGCGGCGCCUGCCUGCCGUCCCAGUUCCCGGGUACCGGGUUCUACUCGCCCCCCGGCGCCCGGCCCAACGGCGCCCCGGCCCUGGAGAGCCCCCGCAUCGAGAUCACGGCGUACGGCCAGUUCCCCGAGGACGAGGCGGAGGAGAGCGGCGCCCCGCCGGCCGGGCGGCUCACCUCCAUCGUGACGCUGACGCUGCCCGGCGCCGACGGCUACCGCGACCCGAGCUGCCUGAGCCCGGCUAGCAGCGUGUCGUCGCGCAGCGGCCUCUCCGACGCCUCCUACGAGUCGGGCUUCUCCUGCGCCUACGACUACUCGCCGCAGGGCUCGCCACUGCAGUCGCCGUCGGUGUCGCCGCGUGGCUCCUCCCUCGCCCCGCCGGGGGGCGGCUCCCCUCGCCCGUCCCCCUCCAGCUCGCCCCGCGCCAGCGUGACGGACGAGUCCUGGGCCGGGCAGCGCGGCUCCCGGCCCGGGUCCCGGCCCGGGUCGCCCUGCGGCGCCAAGAGGAAGUACACCUUCAACGGCGGCGGCGCGGGGGCGGCGCCCCACAGACACUUCCCCUACUCCCCCACCCCGUCCCCCGGGCCGUCCCCCCAGACGUCGCCCCGCCUCAGCGUGACGGAGGACAGCUGGCUGCCCAACACCAACCAGUACACCAACUCCGCCAUCCUGGCGGCCAUCAACGCCCUGACCACCGACGGCGUGGGCGACCUGGGCGAUGGCGUCCCCACCAAGGCCCGCAAGACCAGCGCCGAGCACGGGGCCCCCGUCGGCCUGAAGGUGGAGCCCGGUGGCGAGGAGCCGGGCCCUGGCGAGCUCGGCCCGGACGACCCGGCCGGGCGGCCGCUGCUCAAGCGGGAGAGCUACGGCGGCGGGUUCCUGGACGUGCCGCAGUUCUGCUGGCCCAAGCCCAAGCAGUACCUCAGCUCGUCCCUCCCCGCCCUCGACUGGCAGCUGCCCGCCACCUCCAACCCCUACAGCCUUCAGAUCGAGGUGCAGCCCAAGUCCCACCACCGGGCCCACUACGAGACGGAGGGCAGCCGCGGCGCCGUCAAGGCGCUGGCCGGAGGACACCCCAUCGUCCAGCUGCACGGCUACAUGGACAGCGAGCCGCUGACCCUGCAGCUGUUCAUCGGCACGGCGGACGACCGGCUGCUGCGGCCCCACGCCUUCUACCAGGUCCACCGCAUCACGGGGAAGACGGUGUCCACGCCGAGUCACGAGGCGCUGCACCACAACACCAAGGUGCUGGAGAUCCCGCUGCUGCCGGAGAACAACAUGAGGGCCAUAAUCGACUGCGCGGGAAUCCUGAAGCUUCGCAACUCCGACAUCGAGCUGCGGAAGGGCGAGACGGACAUCGGACGCAAGAACACGCGGGUGCGGAUGGUUUUCCGGGUCCACGUCAACCAGUCCAGCAGCCGGACGGUGUCCCUGCAGGUGGCGUCCAACCCCAUCGAGUGCUCCCAGAGAUCGGCCCAGGAGCUGCCACUGGUGGAUAAGCAGAGCCUGGACUCCAGCCCGGCCUCCGGCGGCGAGAGGAUGCUGCUGGAUGGACACAACUUCCAGCCCGACUCCAAAGUGGUGUUCGUGGAAAAGGCUCAAGAUGGUCACCACCUCUGGGAGACGGAGGCCAAGGUGGAGAGAGACCCGUCGAAGCCCAAUUUCCUGCUGGUGGAGAUUCCUCCGUACAGAAACCAGAGACUCUCCACUCCGGUCCACGUCAACUUCUACGUCUGCAACGGCAAGAGGAAAAGAAGCCAGUACCAGCGCUUCACCUACGUCCCGGCCAGCGUCCCGACGAUAAAGACGGAGCCUCACGACGACUACGACGCUGCCCUGGUGGGGGUCCAGCACGGCCCGAGUCUGUCCCUGCUCCCCAAACCCUUCUACCCCCCCCAGGGCCUGACCCCCCUGAUCUCCGACCUGCGGCCGUGCGUGGUGGGCGGGGCCUACUCCAUCCCCCCGCAGAGACUGUCAGCCAAGCCCCCCCCGCUGCCCUCCCCCGGAUCUCCCAGCUCCAGCCCGAAGCUGCACGACUUGUCGCCGUCGCCCUUCUCCAAGUGCCCCCCCGCCGGGCCGGCGGCCCCCCCGCCGGGCCCCCAGUCCCCCAUCGGCCACGUCUCCAUCAUCCAGGAGACCCCUGGCCGCUACCAGCCCCCCAUCUACCCCCCCGGCGGCUCCGCCUCCCCGCCCGCCUCGCAGACGCCCACCUCCUCCGACGCCCCCUUCUCUCCGGCCCAUGAGAUGACGCCGGCCCCCCCGGCCACCCAGCAGCCCCCCAAGGGUCCGGAGAGGCCCCGGCCCACCGCCCAGGAGGACGGCGCCCCCCCGGCGCUGGUGGUCAGCAUCAAGCAGGAACCGCAGGAACUGGACCAGAUGUACCUGGAUGACGUCAACGAGAUCAUCAGGAACGACCUGUCGAGCAUCUCCGUCCACAGCCACGCAUAGGCCCCGCCCCCUGAGCCUGGCCCCGCCCCCCCGCCGACGACA